CCCCCAACUUGGCACUAGGACCUGGAACAGCGAACACACAGAGAAGACAAAGGAACCUUUACGACACACAGAGACAGAAAAGACAGAGACAGACAACAAAAGGCUCAGUUUCACUCAGAGAGACCGAGAAACCAGCGUGAGACCGGAUCCAAGAUGGUGUCGUCUGGUUUACAGAUGCUGGGCACAGCCCUUGGGAUAAUAGGCUGGAUUGGGACCAUCGUGGUGUGCGCUUUGCCCAUGUGGAAGGUCAGCGCCUUUAUCGGCAACAACAUUGUCACGGCUCAGACCAACUGGGAGGGCAUUUGGAUGGGCUGUGUGGUCCAGAGCACCGGCCAGAUGCAGUGUAAGGUCUACGACUCCAUGCUGGCCCUUAGCUCCGACCUGCAGGCCGCCAGGGCUCUGACCAUCAUCUCCAUCCUCGCCGGAAUUUUCGCCCUCCUGCUCGCCGUGGCCGGAGGAAAAUGCACCAACUGCGUGGAGGACGAGGUGGCCAAGUCCAAAGUUGGAGUGGCCUCAGGUGUGGUGUUCAUUAUUGCCGGGGUUCUGCUAUUGAUUCCUGUCUGCUGGACUGCCAACACCGUCAUCCAAAAUUUCUACAACCCCCUUUUGAUUGAAUCUCAAAAGAGGGAGCUGGGGGCUUCACUCUUCAUUGGCUGGGGGGCUGCUGCCCUGCUUCUGAUCGGAGGAGGCCUGCUCUGUUGCAACUGCCCCAAGAAGACACCGAGUUCCUACGCCGCAAAGUACAACAAGGCUCCCCGCUCCGAGAGCUCUGCACCCAUCCCCAGCAAGAACUUUGUCUGAGAUGAGGAAGAGAGGCAGAGAAAGAUGGGGGAGAGACUAUCUGUCUACUACAAAAGACUGUCUUUAGCUAAAAUCCAACUGUAUGUACUGACUCUGCUUUUAAGUACCAGUUCCUCUAUGGUGCUUCUGUAUUAGGAAUGUUUAGAUAUUUGACGGCUAAGAGGUGAACCGCGUGACAGCUGAUUUGAUGGAAAUAACAGUUGGUGUAGAACCACACCCGAUGAGGGAAGUGAAAUGCUUUCAAAAAACCAUGCAGUUUAAUUUGCUCUGGGCGUUAAACUGUGUUCUUAAGCAUGUUCAUGUAAAUGUGUUUGGCGGUAUGUUUCCAGUAUGGUUAUAGAAGUCCCUGAUCUUCUAUUGGCAGUAUGUUGUGUUGAUUGUUUUAUACUUUUUGUAACCGUUUUACUUGUUAUUGUUACUGUUAUAUGUAUUCAUACUUUUUUAACAUUGUGUAUGUGUUACAGUCCAUGGUUUUGAAACUCUAAAUAAAUAUUUUUCAUUUCAGUGUCA